CCCAGACAGCAUGAGCCUCGCUCUUCUGUGGGUGUUUCUGCCGCUGGUCGCCGUGGCCUGGGGCCAGUAUGGCGACUACGGGUACCCGUACCAGCAGUACCACGACUACAGCGACGACGGGUGGGUGAACCUGAACCGGCAGGGCUUCAGCUUCCAGUGUCCCCACGGGCAGGUGGUGGUGGCCGUGAGGAGCAUCUUCAGCAAGAAGGAAGGUUCGGACAGACAGUGGAACUACGCCUGCAUGCCCACCACCCAGAGCCUGGGGGAGCCUACGGAGUGCUGGUGGGAGGAGAUCAACAGGGCCGGCAUGGAAUGGUACCAGACUUGCUCCAACAACGGGCUGGUGGCCGGCUUCCAGAGCCGCUACUUCGAGUCGGUGCUGGAUCGGGAGUGGCAGUUCUACUGCUGUCGCUACAGCAAGAGGUGCCCCUAUUCCUGCUGGAUGACGACAGAGUACCCCGGCCACUACGGCGAGGACAUGGACAUGGUGUCCUACAGCUACGAUUACUACAUGCGCGGAGCGACCACCACCUUCUCCGCAGUGGAAAGGGACCGCCAGUGGAAGUUCAUAAUGUGCCGCAUGACCGACUACGACUGUGAAUUCGCAAAUGUUUAGAUUUGCCACGAACCAGAUCGGGGUGAAGGGGAGAGGCCAGAGGCCCAAGGGUGUCCACCUGUGUUAACUCCAGUUGGAUCCCAGGAGGUUCCUGCCACUCUUCCUCCCCCUGAGCUGGUCAGCGGCUGCGAUGCCGGCUUGCUAAGCCUUCCUGACAACUAUCACACUUAUAACCAAACCCACAAUGAAGCCACGUUUCUCACUCUCAACAUGCGACUGUUUUAUAGGACUGACAAUGGCUUUCCUGCAGGCCGCACCUAUGGUGUGCAUGCUCACAGCCA